AUGUCGCUCUCCCUCUUCGCAAAGACUGCUACCCGCUCGUUCGCCUCCGCCCAGGCCUCUCGAGGAUUCGCUACCUCGGCCAUUGCCCGACGAGACUUGAUCCAGGAGGCUUACCUGCGUGAACUCAAGGCUUACAAGCCCGCUGCCAAGUCCGCCGACUCUCACAAGGGUCAAGUCCGCGAAUUCCACCAGCCAAGCCCACCCAAGGCCCCCGCUACCCCUUCUUCCUCUUCCCUCUCUUCCGAGCUCGACUCUUACGCCUCUUCAGAGCCCGACGUGGCCGAGGUCUCCAAGUCGUCUUCUACUGAGGAGGUCUCAGUGGGCGGUGGUGCCAAGGAGUUCCUCGAGGAGGCUAGGAGGGACUACCCCAAGGAGGAGGCUCACCACUAG